AAGCUGUUUAUUUAUAUAUUUUACACAUUAAAUAAUAGGAUGUUACAAAAUAAGGGAACAAGAGCGGUCCUCGGGGCCCUAUCAUGACCACAAAAAAUCAGGCCCUUCCAUUUGUAUCAUAACUUCGAAAUCCCAAAACAAAAACUAACGUUUUAUAAAAAAAAAUUGCUACAAAUCUUUCAAAAAAAUAAUUAAUAAGUCCUGAAGUCUGUAAUCUAGGUACCAGGUGAUGAUUUAUUGAAUCUUGAAGUCGGAAGGUUUGAAGACAGAAAUCGAUGAAUUGAAAACCAAAAGUUGAAUGAAGAUAGAACAAAACAUGGAAAAACAGAAAAAUUUAUCCAUUCGAUUUUAGUUUAUUUAUGUGGCGUUAUUCGUCAACUUAAUCGCCCGUUUUUUUAUAUGUUCAAUUAUUUAUAGAAAUUCUAUAUUUGUUAUUGUUGAUUAGUGGACUUGGUGAGUUCUUAAUUUUCUUUCAGAUUUUCAAUGUUGGAGGUAUAUGUUCCGAUAGAAUUUUGAAUGAAAUUAAUUUAUAACGAUGAGUCGCUGACACGGAGAAAAGUUAAAUUGAAAAAUUUCAGGUUCUCAAAUUAAACUUUCGAGUAAUUUUUUGACUUUGGCAACAUCAGCUAUGCGGAAUAGGACAAUUUAAAAAACAUCUCUAAAUAUUUCAUUACGAUCGCUCUUCGGUGUUACUCAUGGGACCAAAAAUGGAGAACAAUUCUAACAAUCUAAUUCUAAAAGAAACUGAUCCGGGUGGGAGUUAUGCUGGUGAACACUCGGGGGAAACUACUGGCAACGCUCGAAGUGGUUUGGUUGAGGAAAGGAAGAAGCGAGUCAGGUUGAGCGGUGCAGCCAGGAGAAAGCUAAAGAGACUAAAGCAGCAGCAGUUCUCGGAGGAAAUAGCACCGUUAGCCCAAGUUGCAUCUCAGAUUGAAGUGAUUCGGGAUGUGGAAGCUCCGGGUGCAUCUCAGACUGAAAUGAUUAGGGAUGUGGGGGCUGGAAAGAGAGGUGUAAAAAGACCUCUUCCAGAGCCGACAACACCUAGUCCCACCACAGCGCCAAAAGUGAAAAAAAUGGGAACGAAGGAUCAAGGCACAAGCGCCCAGACGGCUACCCACUCGUUAAGGUUGGCCGUGAAACCGCAGUCGUAUCCGAACCAAAAGCUGGACGCCGAAGGAGUGACAUAGGUGAAAAGUCUCCUGAGGGAGGUCAUACUGGAGUCAAAGCACCCACCUUCAACGGGGUCUAGGAAAGGAACAGAGUGGCUGCAGUGAACUGCGCAAUCAAGGCAACAGGGGAUUGGCUGAAGACUGUCUCCCGAGAAUAAAAUAACGGGACACACUGUCCACGUUGUGGCGUUCUCUUACCCCCCGUCCCCGUCGCAACCCCCGGAUGAAGGUAAAAGCUGGGCAGAUACCUGCUGUAAUACUUCAUCACACGUUGAAUUGAAUUUGACCGAAUUUAUAUGAAUUAUCAACGAGACCUACUGCGCACUCCGUGCGCCGAAUUUGAAU